UAUGCAGUAGUUGCUCGAUAGACACGGUUCAGUAGAGGAGCACAUCUUCCGACCGUAACCAUGUCCGCUCCGCCAUAUCGUCACUUCACCCAAAUCGGGGAUCCUGUUCUGCGCCAAAGGGCCGAAGAAGUUCCGCCUGAGGACAUCGACAGUAUGGAGAUCAACCAAAUUAUUGAGGGCAUGGUGAAGGUGUUACGUCACUACGAUUGCGUGGGCGUGGCUGCGCCCCAAGUUGGAAUACCGCUGCGCAUUAUCGUUAUGGAGUUCCGGGAGGGAAAGCAAGAGCAAUUCAAGUCGGAAGUCUACGAGGAGCGCAAAAUGUCCACUCUGCCCUUGGCAGUCUUCAUUAAUCCGGAGCUGGAGAUAAUCAGCAGCCAAGUAAACAAACAUCCCGAAGGUUGCAUGAGUGUGCGUGGCUAUUCCGCUGAGGUGGAGCGGUACGAUAAGGUCCGGAUCCGGGGAAUCGGCAAGCUGGGCACUCCGUCGGAAAUGCAACUGGAGGGCUGGAGCGCACGGAUCGCGCAGCACGAGGUGGAUCACCUGAACGGAAAUAUAUACAUGGAUAAGAUGGAUCUCUCCACCUUUAAGUGCAACCUUUGGGAGCAAGUAAACGCGGCUGAGGGUCGAUCCGCCAUUUGGUUUCACAAGUAAAGCUAUCUGUUAACAACUUGCUUGCGAAUAGGGCGGACUAUAAUUUCAAAGUAAUGUAUCCAUUUUAAGCGUUUUUUCACUUUUUUAUGGCGUUUUAAAAACAAUAUUUGUAUAUUAUUUGAAAAUAAACUACACUUGUAAACUGAA